AACCCUGUUUGCACAUAGACAUCGCUACUUCAUCUAGUAACAAUCUUGAACACAGUCCAACCUGCUCCGCUCUCAUUCUAAAAUGUCUGAAGGAAAUGUUUUAAGGUGCGGGCAGUGUAACAAGCCCUUUGAUAAGCAAUCUACACUUAAGAGACACGGAUACUAUUGCCGGUCUCGAAAAGGUGAAAAAAUAGCAAGCCGAGUUCGGUCUUGUAUAUCGUGUGCCAAGAGGAAAGCACGCUGUGAUAAUAAGCGGCCGGCCUGCUCGAGGUGUAUGCUCAAUGGCAUUGAGUGUCAUUUCCCAACGAAAGCCGCCGAGAAGAGCUUACCGAAGAUCCAUCAAAACAAUUUCCCGACUGUACAGCAAGAUAUAACUUCGUUUCUGGCUCCAGAGCCUCCCAUCAUUGAGACGCAAUUGGAAGAGAGUCAUUAUGGUCAGGUGAUUCAGCAAGAUGAGAUUCUAUCAAACCACAACUCUCUCAACGUCGGAGAUAUCUACCAGCCCUGGGAUCUCCCACACCUCAAUUUCGCCGACUUACUAAACACUCAAACCAUCAACGAUUUCGAACAAGACCCCAUCCUGGAUCCACCAUCUCCAGCACAAAGAUCCUCGAGUCCAAUCACCCACCUCCUUCAAACCCGCCAAUCCACAAACUCAUUCAACUUCUCUAUACCACCAUCACCAGCGUCAUCUAUACGAAUCCUGACCAUCCGACCAAGACCCAAGCCCAGCACGCAAAGAAUAGCUAAUCUCCUCUUCCACAAUCUGAAGUCUUUUCCGCUUAUGUUGUCGCGACAGGGGACGCUCCCGCCGUUCAUUCACCCGAAAAUGGUUUCGUCUGAUGGGGGCUAUUCGCAUGUUGAGCCGCUUACUAAUUGUAUUAGCUUGGUGCAUAUGAUUAGUAGUGGGAUUCAGGGGAGUAGGAAGUUGUUCUGGAAAAAUGUUAGGUUGGAGUGUGAGCGUUUGUGUGCAGAGCAUCGGGAACUUGACAGUGUGGAACUCGUUGCUGGCAUGCAAGCGUUAGCUAUUUACAUGCUCAUUCGACUGGAUGAAGGAGAGACAGCCGACAAUAACUUGGACUCUCUUUUAGUGACCACUGUGAUUGCCAUUUACAUUCAACUGUCCCAGAACAAACCACCUGGCUUUAAUCAAUUAGACUCUUCGGGCCAUGAUCUCAAAUCAAGCUGGGAGGCAUGGUUACAUGAGGAAUCUAGACGAAGACUCUCCAUAAUCUACCGCGCCCUCAACAUGCUCAUCUACUUCGAGCCCUCCAGCCUCUGCGAACUCCAAUCGGAUCUCAUCCUCGCACCCCUCCCAGCCAAGAAACAACUCUGGGAAGCCACCACCGAGAUAGCCUGGAAAGCUGAGCUAGAUAGCCCGCAGACACAAAAGGAGUUUGGAUUAGCUAGCGAUGGGGAGUUGGUCAAGCUGAUGGAAGGGCAGAAGUAUUGCGGGAAUGCGGCUUUGCUUUAUGAGGCGCUCGGGUCGUGUAGGAGAUCGGCGGGGGGGAGAGAGAAUUGGGAGGAGUGGUGUUUGGGGAUGGAUGGGUUUGGGGGGUUGGUUAUGUUGGCUGCUUCGUUGGUUGAGUGA